GCACUGCGCUGCAUAUUCUUUCGAAGGAGUGAAAGGCGCAGCAUUUGGUUCGAUUUGGUUACUAUAUAAGUUGCAGAAAUUUGGUAGAUCAAAUCAGAAUCAGUUUACAUCUUUCAUUGAACAGUUUACCAUAACUUCCAAUCCAAAAAAUCAACAUGAAGUUCGCCCUUGCUGCCGUAGUCGUGUUGGCCGUUGCCAUCCUUGGAGUCCAAUCAUCUGUGAUUGCUGGUAUUCCCGGUCUAGGACUUGGAAUUAACGGACUCGGUCUUGGAGUUCCCGGCUGGGGACUUGGAUUGGGACACGGACUUGGAUUGGGACAUGGUCUCGGAUUAGGUCAUGGUAUCGGAUUGGGUCAUGGUCUUGGAUUGGGUCAUGGUCUUGCAUUAGGAACUCCCGGAAUCGGUUUGUUGGGUGGUCCAUCUGCCAUCAACAUUGCUGGUCUUUCACAUGGAAUCCCAGCUGCGCAUAUCCCUGCUGCCGUCAACAUUGCCACUCCCCAUUUGGGUGGAAUUUCCCUUGCCCAACAAGCCACCCUUGCUGGUCCUCAUGGAGCCACUUACGUCGCUAAGACCCGAGGAGCCGUGCAUACAGCCCCAUUGGCCGGACAUAUCAAUUCGGCUGCAUCCAUCAAUGUUGCCCCAGCUCCAGGUACCUGGUAAAUUUCCCCCUGAAAUUUACGACCCAAAGACUCCACAACCACCUGUUUACAUUUGCUAUGUUAUAGUUUUAAAUACUCUUACACUGAAAAUGACAAAGAAGUUAACUUCACUUGCCCACCCGUACAUACGUAUCUUUAAUAAUAAUUAUUGUAGUUUGCAUAGUUCAAUGAAAGAUUGAUUCAAUUAAAAAAUAAAAACAAGAUUUUUAUAAAAAAAAAACACA